AUGGCCAGCGAAACCGUUUUCUACUAUAUCGCCUUCCUGCUCAAUACUACAGUCAUCAUCAUCGACGUGCUGGUUAUCUAUUGUGCUUUCAAAACCGGUGAAACUCGACGACAUUUCGUUCUACAGACGAUUUUUCUCGCAAUGGUAAUGGACAUUGCCGCUUUUCUUACUGUGCUGGGUCACGAUUUACCAAGUUUUAUCAUGGAUUCAGAUGUAUCGCCAGACCACCUCGUGAACUACUUCUUAGUGAUGAUCAUUUAUCUCCAAUGGUUCACUCAACUCUUUGUGCUGCUAGUCCUUUCGGUCAUUCAUUCCCUCGCCGUCUUCACUCCCACUCAAUUCCGCACCUUCUCUUCUGGGAACAUGAAAAUGACCAAUGCAGUCAUUAUGAUCGUCGCUCUGCUAUUAACAGUGCCAGUUCUUACACCCUACUGCGGCUACUACUACUCUACUGAAGGUCACUUUUGGGGCUGGGACUUGAAAAAACCGUACACAUACAUAUAUGUAAAAUGUAAUCUGGUUUUACAGGUGAGUGGAAGUCUCAAAUAA